CACAGUUUCUCAAGAGCCGCGCAUACGAAUGGACACGUUUUUCCGCAACAACAAGUGAGAGUGAACGUUAUUUAUUUCAGUUAAAUUUUUAUUCAAUAAAAAUAUAAAAUAAUAAAAAUUCAAAAUAUUAAAAAAAAACUAAAUUAAAUAAUAAAUUGCACUUGUUUUGUGACAAAAAUAAAAAAACUAGUUUUGAUUGCUGUAAAUAUAUUAUCAUUUAAUUUAAGAAAAAUAUUUAAGUGUUAAAAAUUUACAAGAAAUUUAUUUAACUAGUAAAUAAAUUAAAGAAUUUUAUUUUAUCUGUCUAAAAGAAUUUGAAAGUUGGUUUUAAGUGGUUUUUCUUAGCCAAAGCACACUUGCUUACAAACUCUAAAAAAUAUAAGAAAAACAAAAAUGUUAAUUAAAUUAAUUUUAAAAUUAAUUUAUAUUAUUCUGCCUUUGUUAAGCCUUUGCCAUGGCUUUAAUACGGAGUCAACAGAAACUUCUAGCGAUUUAUACGAUAAUUUUACCAGUACAGAAUCCUCUACUACAUCACUGCCUAAACAGUUGUAUCAGAAUAAACGUCGUUUACUAUUGAGCGCCAUCGUUAUAGUUCUCGGAGUGAUUGGUAAUUUUUUGGCUUUAGUGAUUUUGGCGCGCAAAAAGGCCACCAAACAUAGUAAAUAUACGUUUAUGUUGCGAUGUUUAUCCACUAACAAUUUUAUCGGUUUAUUGGGCAUGUUAACCACUCUACUGUUGAAAUUCUAUGUACCACGUGAAAUCUUUGAACAAUACACCAAAUGGGAUUGUGUAGGCAAAGUCAUUUGGAGAUUUUUCGGCUUAAGUUCCGGUUGCAUAGCAGCCGUUAUGGCCAUAGAACGUUGGAUGGCAUUGGCAAGACCAUUUAUAUAUCACAAACACAUUACAUAUGAAUUGGUGCGUAAAACUAUUAAAUCCUUAAUAUUAAUAGCAGUGGUCAUUACGUUUUUGCCAUUCUUUGGUUUCGGUGCUUAUAUGGAUGACAGUGAUCCAAAUAAAGUGAAAUGUUUACGUUAUCGUGAUGCUGAGGGUUUUUUGAAUAAAACCUAUUCUGUUUUGUUUAUGUUAUUUGGCACUCUAUUGUGUGUGGUUAUAGUCGCCUGCAACUUGUUUGUUACACGCGUUCUAUGCUUCAUUGGACGUACACGUACCACUCAACGUCACAUGACUUACGACAUGGUAAAUCGUUGUGAAAAGGGUUCGACCGCACAAAUUGAUGGUGAGAGCUCUAGCGGCACGACACUAUAUCAGCAUCAUCAAAGCAGUACGACACACAUACCACAAUAUCAUCACACUAACAGCGUGACUUUGACAGCAGCCGCAUCGCCCGAUGAAAUUAAAUUCGCCAAAUUAAUGUUGUUCUUGAGCAUUUCAUUUGUUAUCUGCUGGAUGCCACAAAUGAUUGCCAUACCCAUGGCCAUAGUACCGAAUCGUGUUCCCAAAGCUCAUCCUUUCUUUUUAGUUGCCGAUAUGUUGAUGGCUUUACAUUUUACAUCGGACCCGUAUGUUUAUGUCUUGAGUCGCACGAAACACUCAUACAUUUUGGGUUGCCUCAAGCGCUGGCGUACCGGUUUAAAACGUUCACAAAGCGAUCAAAGUCGUUUACGCACAACCAUCGAACAACAUACUUUAGAUUGUGGUCUCAAUUAAGUUGACAUUGCAUUUUGGUUUUAUUUUUAUUUGAUCUUCAUUUACGUAUGUUGCUGCUGGAUACUUUUAAUAUAUUUUUUUCAUCUUGCGAAUAAUUACAUGCUUCCUUUGUAACGUAAAGACAUUAUCAUUUUUUAAGGCACAGUGGGUUAUAGCUUAUAAAACAAAAAUAACUUAAUUGUUAUUAUAAUUUAUCAGAAAAGUUAUUGAUCUCAUUGAAAACAAAUCUGAAAAUUUUAAUCCUUUUAAUUCGAAAUACAGAUUGGGGAUUAAGUUUGGCACAGUUAAACACAAAACCGCAAUAUCUUACAAUUAAGGGUACAUGGUUUAUUGACAAUUUAAAUAAUUAGACUAAUAAGUCCGAAAGUAGCCCGAACGAAAAUUUUUUACGAAUUAUUAAACGAAACUUUUGCUUUCGUAUUGUCUUCAAAAAUGUGAACUGUACGGAAGAUUUACAGAUGCAUAUCGCAACAAUAUUUCUGUGUGUUACAAACAUUAGCACAACCUCUUUACAACUUUAGUGGUAUAGGGUAUAGAAAUCCUAUUAAUCCUACGUUUUAUUGAAAUUAUUGAGAACAAAAAUACAUUGAAAACUUGUUAUGUAAAGUUUUGCCUUUUAAAGCUGCAAAUGCCAAACUUCCGCAUAAGUUUCUUAUUUAUUGAGAGCAAAUAUUGAUUUCUUUGUAAUUUGGAAAAAAAUAAAUCGUGUUACUUCCAGAUGACUCAAGUAGCACAGCGUUCCACUAACGGUCAUAUUUCGCGAUCGGCUGAUGGGAAACAAAUCAUGUGAUCAUAUUGCAAUUAUUGAGAACAAACAUUGAUUGGAAAUUGUAUGCGAGCUUUCUGUAUUUGGACUUUAAGUAACUCUUACAAUUUACAUUGUACACUUUUUAUGAAAAGUUGCGAAUACAUUUAUUAUACUGAUCGCACAACAUUUCUUUCUUAUUUAUUGAAAACAAAUAUUGAUUCCUUUAGAAAUAAAACAAAAUUAAACUGUUAUUUACCUGAAACUGUUAAUUUUAAUUACAAAUGGCAAUAUUUUACUAAAUAUUCCGAAUGAUAUAAAUAGA